AUGUUGCUAACAAAGUGUGCAGUGAAUGGCAUCAGAAAUCCCUUUGGAUAUCAGCCAUGGAGAGAGCAGCGCACUUUCCAGGCCAUGUUCGAUAUCUUGGAAUCAGACAUUGUGGUCAUGCAAGAAACAAAAAUCCAACGGAAAGAUCUGCAAGAUGACAUGGUUCUAGUGCCGGGCUGGGACGUCUUCUUCAGCCUGCCAAAGCACAAGAAAGGAUAUUCUGGCGUCGCCAUCUAUACUCGCAAUGCUUCCUGUUCGCCCAUCAGGGCUGAAGAAGGAAUCACCGGCGUCCUUUGUCCUCCCAAGUCUACAAGCAAGUUCCGGGACCUACCUUUAGACCAACGGAUCGGGGGUUAUCCCCGUCCUGGUCAGCUAUCGGGCCUCGUAGAAGACACGAUACUCGACUCCGAAGGCCGCUGUGUCGUCCUGGAGUUUCCUGCAUUCGUGCUGCUCGGUGUCUACUGUCCAGCCAAUCGGGACGAAAGCCGAGUUGAGUUUCGCACCAGCUUUUUCGAGGCCUUGGAUGUCAGGAUCCGGAAUUUGGUAGCCGAGGGGAAAGAGGUCAUUCUCGCGGGAGAUUUAAACGUGAUUCGAUCAGAAAUGGAUUCAACCAACGUUGUUGAGGGCUUGCGCAAGGAAAAUAUGACAUUGGAUGAGUGGAUUUCACUCCCGACACGACGAAUCUUCAACCAGCUCAUAUUCGAAGGCAGUAUUAUCGGCGAUCAUGACGAGGGCCGAGAAUCGUCGGUAUUGUGGGACCUAUGCCGUUGCUUUCAUCCAAGUCGACGAGGGAUGAAUACGUGCUGGGACACCAAAAGAAACACUCGGCCAGCCAACAAUGGCAGCCGUAUAGACUACAUUUUAUGUAGCGAUGGCAUCAAAGAUUGGUUCACUUGGGCCGACAUUCAGGAGGGUCUCAUGGGCUCCGAUCACUGCCCUGUUUUUGCCACAAUUGCCGACAAGGUUGUCAGCAACGGCAGGCAGGUCAGCCUCGGAGAUAUCAUGAAUCCCGCAGGCGUGUAUAAGAAUGGCGUUAGGAUGCGGGACCUAACACAGAAGGAUAUUUUGCCACUAUCUGCAAAACUCAUCCCCGAAUUCGACCGGCGUCAGAGUAUCAGGGACAUGUUCUUCAAAAAGGUCGCCAGUGCGGAAAGAAGCACAACACGAUGCGAUUCAGAGUCUUCCAGCUUCCCAGCGGAAGAUGUGAGUCAAGCUAGCGACAACGAUGCUCCAAGCCAAAUAGACACUGCUCCUCAAACGGCGAAUACUGGCACACCGGGCACGGAGCCUGCGGGCCUGCCAAAUGCACAAGCCCGCAAAAGAUGUCCUGACCCCAUCGAUGCCGUGCCAAGACAACUCAAGAGAAGCAAGUCUGGAGCGGAUCCAACUGGCUCUAAGCAAAAGGCCUCGCAGGGACAAAGCACACUGAAGGGAUUCUUCAGGCCAGUUGGCUCGGCGCUUGCCGCUCCGGCUGCGUCACCAAAUUUGGAAGAGCAAAACAGUGCACGGGAUAGCCGUGCUACGAGGAACCUACCUGCUGCCAAAGAAGAUUCCGACAAUGCCUCAUUGAAGGGACUUGCGAUUGCAGUUCCUGAGAAGUCUGCUCGUGACGGGAUCGUUGACACAAUGCCAAAGUCGCCUGACAGAGUGUUUGAUCCCAUAGAAGCCAAGGAGUCGUGGUCCAAGCUACUGGGCAAACGAGUUAUCCCUCGAUGUGAGCACGACGAACCGUGCAUUAGCCUGGUGACCAAAAAACCUGGCGUGAACCGUGCGAUUGACACGUCAGACAACAAGCCCUCGCUCUUCCUGACCACUUCCGCCACGCCGGCUUCGCAACUUGAACAGUCCCGCGGCGCCAGGCACCAGGCCUCUCCCGUUGACUUGGACAAGCAUUACCGCCGUGCCCCCGGGGGCGUGCCCGCGAAGGCUGCGCCCCUGCGGCUCGACAUGUCCGCCGCACCACAUUGGCAACGGUGUUACGGCGACGGUGCGCACAUGGGAGCGUGA